GUUUUGGGGACCGUUGAUUGCCCCUCCUCUUCUCCCCCGCCGUGCUAAAAUUCCACCGCCACCGCACCACCGUUUCUUGACAUUGGAUACCACCAAUCGAUAAUUUUGAAUUUGUUGGUUUGUGGAAGGAAAGACAAAGCCAAAACAAGAAAGAGAAGAAGAGAAAGAUGUGGUAUCUGUGCGUGUUCUACCAUAGAUUGUUGGAUUACAGAAAACCCGAAGUCGAAUCUCUCGCUGAGCUCUUUGGUGCCUUCAAAGACACAGAUAACACUAACCCACCAAAGAAUUCAUUGGAGUGGAAGCUCCCUCAACACCACCACCCUGAUUCUCCUUUUCAUUUCGUUAAUCUGCCCUCUGAAGAAAUAGCCCGCAAUGUCGCCAGUCGUAGUAUUCUUGUGAAGGGGAUUUAUGAACUAUGGGGAGAAGGAAGUAGUUAUGAGGAACUGGAAUUGGCUAUAAAGUGUUGUCCGGAUGAGCAUAAGUUGCCAUACUUAACUCCUGGAAGCACAUUCAAGAUUAUAGUUGACUGCUUUGGGAAGGUUAUCAGCUCUAAGGAGCAAAAUGAUCGAAUUCAGGGACUUGCGUACAUACCUUUCAAGGGUCAGGUCAAUUUACGAAAUCCGGAUCACAAGUUUUGGCUUAUGGAAACUGAUGACUAUGGCUCUAAUAAUGGGCUUCCACCAAUUGUCCAAAAGAGAAUCUUUUUUGGGCGAGAAAUUGGGGCUGCUGAUAGGAAGCUCUUGCCGACCUAUCAGUUAAAAAGUCGCACUUAUCUUGGUCCUACAGCUAUGGAUGCUGAAAUUGCUUUUCUGAUGGCCAAUCAAGCACAGGCCUCCCCAGGGAAACUUGUCUAUGACCCUUUUGUUGGCACUGGCAGCAUUCUGAUCUCUGCAGCUCAUUUUGGAGCAAUAACAAUGGGUGCAGAUAUUGACAUUCGGGUAGUACGUGAUGGUCGUGGCCCUAAUUGUAAUGUUUGGAGCAAUUUCAAGCAGUAUGGACUACCCAUGCCGAUUUCUCUGUUAAGGGCAGACAAUAAUCUUCCUCCUUGGCGUUCUGGGUUAAAAGAGAUGUUUGAUGCCAUAAUCUGUGAUCCUCCUUAUGGGGUUCGUGCUGGGGGACGUAAAUCUGGUGGGCGGAAACUGUUGAAAGGGGUUGUGGGUCCUUAUACAAUUCCCGAUGACAAGAGGACAGACCACAUACCAUCAACUGCUGCUUACAGUUUAGCGGAGUGUGUGCAUGAUUUGCUUGACCUUGCUGCUAGGAUGCUCGUAAUGGGUGGCCGACUGGUGUACUUUUAUCCCGUACUAAGAGAAGAAGAUUCAAUUGAUACCAAUUUCCCCGAGCACCCGUGUUUCAAACUGGUUGCUGCCUGUGAACAGAUCCUAAGUUUUCGGUACAGCAGGGUAUUACUGACAAUGGUGAAGAUUGCACCAUACACCGAGGAAAUUGCCGAGGCUGCUAUGAUACAACAUUUGGAAUUCAAGGAGAACCAUUUGAAGUGGUUAGAAGAUGGAAAUCUUCAUUCUGGAGUUUUCAGUCCUGCUGAUCUGCUCAAUGGGACUGGUGAUACUAAACCAAGUAAAGAAUCAAAACCGAAAUAUAGAGGAAAAUAUGUUUAGGUUUAACAAUAAACAGCAUUUUUUCUUCAGCUGUUUAGUUUGAGCUACUUAUUAUACGCCUCUCCGGGUAUCUUCAUUAGGGCACUUCCUUUCUGUUGUUGCUAGCACUUUCCCGGGCCAUACCGGAAUUUUGGAUUCUAAAGGACUUAUGUAUCUCAGAUGUGAUAAAGAGUAGUAAGUUUGUGUUUUGCUUCUUGUCUGUGAAUUGUGACAUCU